AUCUCUGAUCCCAGUGUUCGCUUCCCUUGCACUCAAGCGAAGGUUGCAUCCGUGAGUCCUCCCUUUCUCUCUCACUCUCUCGGAAAAUUCCUCUCCGGGCUUCCGCCAUCUUACACAACAAGAUUCAGCCCUUUGUUCCCCCAAAGGUCACCCUCGACCACCACGCAAUGACCUCGCACAAGCUGCACGGUCAAAACGAGGAGAAACACCCACAGUGACGCCACGACACGAGUGACCCUCACACAAACGGUAUCAAAGCUGUGGUUGUUGCAAUUUUAGUGGAACCUUUUUUAAAAAAAUCUGUGCGACCAACAAGGUCCGUGUCAACCAAUAAGAACCAAUUUUACAGCACACGACUCUUCAAUACCUCAGAGAAUUACUUGAGUGAGAUCAUCCCAGUUUAAGGUUAAAGUAGUUGAGAAGAAAAAAAAGUCUCUGUAUUUUUAUUACUUUUACCAACUGUGUACUGUGUACUUAUCUUUGUGAGUGUGUGUGUGUGUAUGUGAGAACACUGCCACAUUUAAUUGCUUAUGAUGCACUGCACUAUUCUAAGCAGCGAAUGGAUCAAGUUAAAAAAGGCAUCGACAACAUGACGAUAAAAUAAAGAUGAGCAGCAGUCGAGUAGUUAGUUAAUGAUAAUCAGUCAGCGUGAAAGGUCUGGUUUUGGUUUGGUUGUGCUACAAUUAAAUACUGUACUACAACUGGAGAUUUUGGUGUACAAAUUAAAACUGAAAUAUUAACUGGAUACUGUAUCGGAGUAUUGUGGUGUGAAAUUAUAUACAGAACAUUUCAAAAUAGGGAAUUUGUGAAAACGGGAAAAUCCCUAGUUUUAUUUUAUUUCUCAGUUAGUUUUACAACAUUCCUCCAAUUUUUUCUUACAAGUAUUCUAAAAUUUAACAAAACUCGUGUACAAGAUUAGACUUGAUCAUCAUCAGUGGACACAAAUGUCGAUAAAACACCAUACAAACAAGUUUAUAAUAAUAUAGUGCUUUAAUACUUACAUAAGCGGAGGAUGUGGAUGCGGUGAUACAUUUACGCGUUGAUUUACCAUCCUAUCCUCAAUGAGUGAGUGAGUGAGUUAGUAAAACUGGAUUAAUUGUUGUUGGCUUAAAACAAAUAUGGAUUCUGCGGAGCUUGGACUAUGUCAGAAUGAUAUAAGUAAUGUUACAUUAUAACCAACAACGGUUGGUCGCCGGACGGACGGAUACACAUUUUCCUGUUUGAAAGAGAUUCAUAUCAACCCUGGAGGAGACGAAUAUUUCAACGCUCUGAUCCAAUGACAAGAAAAUGCACAAGGAAGACGCAAAAGAAGAAUCACCUUAACACGGAAUCGUUCUUUUGGUCGGCAGCCACGCCCUACACGGGCCGAGUGACCCUGUAUUGACCAGUGGAAAGUAGCCUCUGAAGAGGAGACCUGGCUGAGGGCGGAAGACAAGAUGUGUCCUUCUGCCUCUCAAUCCGGGAGCUUUAUCCUCGUCCUGGUCUUCAUCCUAGGAGCCCUGGUUCCUCUAGAGUAUGCCGAGGGGAAGCAAACGGCAUAUGCAUGCGAAGGCUCGGCUCUCCGAUUGGACUGCGAGCCAGGCAAAGUGAUCCAUUUGAUUCGAGCUAUUUAUGGCCGAUUCUCCAUCACAAUUUGUAAUGAGAACGGAAACACGGAGUGGAGUGUCAAUUGUGGAAGUCCGAAAUCUAUUCUAGUUCUGAAUGGAACAUGCAACUAUCAAAGAAGUUGUAGUGUGAUUGCGAGCACAAAGACGUUUGGCGACCCAUGUCCCGGAACCCGGAAGUACCUCGAAGUGCAGUAUCAAUGUAUUCCAGCGAGUUCCUUAACCUCAACCACCCCAAAAAGCGCCGUUCCAACAAAUAAUCCCUUGGCUCCCUGGUUGAACCCCGUGUUGAGUACAGAAUCUAAGUCAAUAGGUAGUAUUAGUGGGAGUGGUGGCAGCAGCAGUACGUCGGUGAAAGACCUUGCCAACAAGCCUGACGAAUCAGGUUCAGAACUCAUUCCAUUUGGAACUCAUCAAGUGUUGGGAAAUCAGUCCGUGUACGGUGUGGGGACAGGGAUUUUGUCUCAUGGGGACUUUGAACACCCCUCCGUGCUCCACACCACGCCAACCACCGUCCCACCCUCAUCCACUUCGAUCAGUGCCGUCCUACCCAACAAUGAGGGGGAUCCCUUCAGCCCAUUCAACAAUGGUGGUGGAAGUCGAGAUAAUGAUGACAUGGGGGAGCCCAGCUCUUCCGGAGAGGACGAUCCUCCUCUGGACACUGAGUUUAAGCGAUGGCCUGGAGGCGAGGGGAGUGAUACGGGUGGGUCGUCUUCAGUGGACGGAACCGAAAGCUGGUGGUCAUCUCAGUUUGAGCGACCCAAAGAAACGGACGGGGAUAACUCGUGGUCAGAUAAGGUGUCGGGCGGUGGUGGAGAACCCCCCAGUAGAUCUAACACUAAUAACAACGGAAAGAGUGGGCUUGGCGUUCCUAAAGGCGUCGUCACCUUAAGUCCCACAGUUCAACCGCCGUACGGGGCCCAUCAAGAAGUUGAGAGUGAGCUGGAAGAUGACAUGGACUCUCAAAAUAAACGAAUUUCUUUAUCAGGUGGCCGAGAGAAUGGAAAGGACCUGUGUGCGUCAAGAAUGGACAGGGGAAUGUUUUGGAACUGGACGAUGGUGGGUGAAACUGCUAAGCAAGCGUGUCCCGGGGGGGCUUCUGGCUUGGCUCGAUGGAAAUGUGUUGAAAAUCAUCGCAACAAUAAUCUCCCCCGAGUCAUGUGGUUCCCCGAGUCUCCUGAUCUCAGUGAUUGUAAAUCUGCGUGGCUCCUCAGUUUGCAGGCACGUGUUUUGGAAGGGGACAGAAUUUCCAACGUUGCUGGAGACCUGGCCCAAGUGACGAGUACCAAACCGAUGUACGGAGGCGAUAUAGCAGCAGCAGUCCGCAUAAUAAAAACUAUUGCAACUCGGAUGAAUGACCAGCUGAGGACCUUAACUAAUCAAGUUAGCCGAGAGGACUUGGCUGCAGAGCUUUUGCAACUAAUUCUAGAGGCUGGAAGUAACUUGUUGGAAAAGGCCCGUCUGGAUGGCUGGCGUGAUUUAAGCUAUGCAGAUCAAAUGAAAAUUGCUACAGAUUUACUGGUCGGACUGGAAGACAAUGCAUUCCUAUUAGCAAACGUUGUCACAUCAGAGAAAAUCCUUAGGAAAUCUGUUAAGAAUAUACUUACCAGUAUUUACGCCAUCGAGGCCAACAAUGUUCGGGAAAUUAAUUUUCCAGCGGAAGGGUCAGACCACUGGGGUCGAAUGGGAGACUCGCUCACAAUGCCGGCUGAGGCACUUCGAGAAAAUAGCGAUGGUGGUCUUGUCCGGCUAGUUUGUUUCGCCUACAAUAACUUGGAGCAUGUACUCCAACCUGUCGACAACAUCAUUGGUAGCGAAGAGUCAACACAAGUACGGAAACUGGUAAACUCUCGAGUGAUUUCGGCAUCACUGAAUCAGGGAAGACACAUUCAAUUGGCUCUACCUGUCCGGCUGACACUUCGUCACUUAUGGCUUGAUAAUGUGAGCAAUCCUCAAUGCGUGUUCUGGGACUAUACUCAAGAUAAAUGGUCAGAAGAGGGGUGUCAUGUGGAAAACACCAAUCGGACCCAUACUGUGUGUCAGUGUGGACAUUUGACCAAUUUCGCAAUACUCAUGGAUCUUCAACCCCCUCCUAAGCAACUUCCCACGCCACAAAUGCUCCAGGUUGUCAUGUACAUCGGAUCUGCCGUGGUUGUCCUGUGCCUUUUCUUCACACUCAUCAUUACUCAUUUUUGCAUAAAUGGACGCGUAUUUCAAACCAUGAUACUCAAGAACUUGUUUGUCUGUAUCUUGAUUGGAGAAAUAAUUUUCGUGUCGGGAAUACAUCUAACUCACAAGCCCGUGGAGUGCACAGUCAUUGCAAUGCUCCUUCAUUAUUUUGCAUUGGCUUCAGUCUUAUGGCUAUUCCUACAUGGCUUCCAUCUCCAUCUGAUAGUGGUGGAAGCGGCUGAAAAUGGAUUAUCUCGUCAACUGUGGUACUACGGUGUCUCAUAUGGUUCACCCGCAAUCGUUGUUCUCCUCUCCUUCCUCUUGGACCCACGGAGUUAUCGGAGUGAGAAACAUUGUUGGGUGCAGACCAGUUUCACACUGCUGUGCUUCGUGGGGCCAGCAGUGCUGGUAGCUCUGGCCACUGCUGCGGUCCUUAUAUACACGUCGUAUAAAGUCUGCGGACUUUUGUCAGCAAUGCCUAAAAAACCUAACGACGACAAAUCAUUGUAUACAUAUGCUGGGACUUGGCUGAGGGGCAGCUUUUUAAUCCUUAUUUUCAUGAUUUUGGCGUGGACAUUGAGACUGUUGGACUUGGAGUCAUCCUCUCCAUCUUUGUCAUAUGCAGCAAGCCUUAUGUUGGCCCUGGAGGGGAUUGCAAUACUAGUUUUUCAUGCACUCAAGUCUGAAGAUAUGAUAACAAAGAUAUGUGAUUGCGCCAAGAGCUCGGAUAGUAGCGAUACUGAAAUGUCAACCCAUUCCCAACAGCAACUUCAGGGUGGUCCAGGCGGAGUAAACUCGUCGGGUGCAGGGAGCGGUGGAAGUAGCAGUGGUUACAUGCUCGAAGCAUGUCAAAAUAAUCAUUUAACUCAGAGGGUCAUUGACGGCAAUGGACGAAUCCUAACGCUUAGCCGUCAACCUGUAAACCAUCACGACGCCAUUUACAGCAAGCAGCUGGGUGGUGUUGGACUUCAGCAAUCUCCCGAUUUCUUUGUGGAAUACGGUCCUUCAGGUGGUGGGCCAAUGCAUCGCUACCCGGGUGAUCCUUCAGCCAUAUUAGGCUUGUACAGUAAAGGCCCUCACGUGGGUUUGGAGGGGAGUUGGAGGGGAAGCAGUUAUUCAGAUAUCCGAAGUGGGUUUCACCGAGCAGACCCAGUCUACGAGGAGAUUGAAAAACCGAAUCACUUGUCCCCUCGUGCUUCGGUGUCUGAUCUGUCGGAGGAUGAAGGGCAAGGGCAUCUUUAUCCUCACGAUGUAGACAUUUAUCAUAGAAAUAUUUACGGACAGCAACCUCGCGGUCCGCCCCUUCAUCAUCAUCACCAUGUACAUAAUACUAAUAAAUCCAGAAAAUUAGAUGUGCUGCAAGGAGGAGAAGCAGCCAAUCCAUUACUAGCGUCAAUCGCUAAUCGUAGUCAACACCAGCAACAACUUCAACAAUCACAACCUCACUAUACAACAAGGCAUCGAACGCCUUCGGAUCAUCACCACGUCUCGUUGAAAGGAAUACACCCUGAUGAACACAUACUUCAAAAUGUUCAUAUGGUGUAACAUUAAAUUUCCAAUAAUUAAGUCAGGUUAUAAAUAUCCAAUCAAAUAAGUCACAUAUAUUAUAAAUACAUAUAUCUAUAUUAUAUUAUACAUACAUAUAUACAUAGUUUGCAAAGAAGAAACACUUCCCAAACCCCCACUACAUACAUACAUUCAUAUAUUACUUACCCUCACACUACCAAAUUGUUAAAGAUUAUGUAUAGUACAAUAACGUAUCAAUGAGAAGAGAACAGUGAACGGAAUGAUCUGAAUACAUAUUGGAUCCUCCCACCAACAUCUCUCAUACUUAUAUCUGAUAUCGGCGUUCGUCGUUCGUGUAUCUGGUUUUGACCACAGCUACACUAAGCUUAAUACACUAGAAACGCAACAUCGUGUUCCUGCGAUAUAAAUAUCCACUCUUCGUAUGCACAUAACCCUAUUUCCGUUUUCUGGGUUGUGAAGAUAUUAUAUAUUAUAGCUCUUGUGUUCCUGAAUUAUCGUGCUAGUUUUGUUAAAUAUAUGCGUAAAAGUAUUGGUAAACCUGGAAAUGGGCAAGUUUAAGAAAAGCAGUUUUGGCGAAACAUUCACUGGUUGCUUACAAGCUAUAUAUGUAGCUACAAAAGAUAAAGUAUUUUAAACUUACAAAGAGCUGGUAAUUAUUACAUCCUAUAAGAACUGAUACAAUUUUACAUAUACACACAAAUGUGUAAUUUUAACAUUUCAGGUUUUUAAUUAUUUAAACUCUUUGCAAGCGUGUUUUGUUGAUACUCAGAAAUUUAUAUAUCAAUACACACUGCAGCUUUCUUCAAACUCACUUAAGCCGCAUUAUUGAUAAACGGAUACUAAAGCAGUGGAUUUUCUAUAAAGUAUAAUCUACUAUGAUCCAAAUAAUAUUUUCCGUUUUGUUAACUAAUUGCUGUAUCCAUUUGAACCCACAAUUUCAAUCUUGUCAAACCUAUACAUUGCCUAUAAUAUGUACAUUCGUUGGAUCCUCACGAGUGUAUAAUUACUUCCCCAUGUUGUCAGUGAGAUUAUUGUUUCAAGCUGUUCGGCUUCCCAUAUUGAAGCGAUAACAAGUCUGAUUUUAUCGAUUUCAAAUUUCAAUAUCUGUUAACGCCAUUAUGUAGACUGAUUAUUGUAAACUCCGCUAAAAUAGCUAUACUAUGUAGACAAUUUCCUAUACAUGUCGUUCAUUUUGUACUUUUUAUAUUACUCACGUGUAGCUUACACUUAACACACUUGAUAGUUUGUUACUAUCCUUUCAUAAUUUUUUUUCAUGAAAAUUGAAAUAAUAUCUUUUGUUAACUUAACUUUGCUUAAUUUUGUUAUUUGAUCCCUUACGUAUAACCAAGUCAUAAAUAUUUAAUAGUGUUACUUUUUGGAUUUGUACUUUGAAAUAUUUAUUGAUUUUACUUUUCAACGCCACUUUUUGUAAACCCAGCAUUAAAACACGAGCCAAUACGGAACAAAAAAAGUAACCAACGACUUGUCCAUUUAGUUUUUUUUCGGUGAUUAAGUUGUGCCAUCCAGUUGUGUACUUUUUACAAAAAUAGAAUUCGAGUAGAGCGUGUAUACAACAAGUUAAUUCAACUUAUAAAUAUGCGCUACAUAUGACAUUAUUCUUACAGAAUAUUUAAUAUAUCAUAAGGCGACGAUGAGAUAAUAUUGUACGAUGAUAGUUUUACUACCAUUGCCAAUGAUUAAUAAAUCGUCACAAAGACUAUACUAUGAAAAGUUAAA